AUGGGAUUAUCUCGUAUUUACGCUCAGGUAGACAAUAUUGAUGAACAAUCGAAUGAAAGCGAUGUUGUAGACGAUCUUGUGCUUCCUAAUAAAUACUACAAACGUAGCAAAUACUCCAAAGUGGGAUUUAAGCAUGGGCUAUUGAAGAAACUGGAAACACAGGAAGAACGUCUGGCUAGGACAUUUAACAUCUUUGCACCAAUGCCAAAAGAGGAAAUGUGCGCGCCGGGUAAGGAUGGGCCCGAUCUAGAGCUGUUAUCAAAUGUUGGCAAAUAUAUUAAACACCAUGCAACAAAAGAGAAGUUGAAAGCGGAGAAAUCGCGUGAAGGUCCUAAAACUAGGGAAGCGUUGAAGAAAACGCCUCCACCAGCGAAAAUCUCACCUGUUGUGAGGUGUCCUAAUGCGAUUCUAAUAGACAGAAGCAUAUUGUUCUCUACGGCAUUGGAUGAAUACAUUGUUGUUGGCAAGAUACUUUCUCCUCAUGGUCUUCGAGGUCAUGUUAAGGUCAGGUCACUAUGUAGUAACCCUGAGUUAAGGUUGUGCGAGCCGGGUUAUCGAUUUUUGAAAGUACCGUUCCGUGACGAGAAGGUACUUCCCAUAAAAAUCGAAUAUGGGAGGUUGUUUGACGGUGAGAAAACGUAUCGUUUGAAGUUGGAGGGUGUGGAUACUAGGGACCAGGCAAUGCGUUUGAACGGUACUUAUAUUUCUGUUUCGAUCAGAGACGUCCCGCCGUUGGAAGAGGACUGCUAUUAUUCACGUGAUCUGCUUGAUUUGAAUGUGUAUCUAUUUAACGAUGAUAGUAAGACAUGUUUAGGUAAGGUGGUUGAUUUUUGGCAUCGUGAAGACUUGGUGAGCAACCCGAAGUUAGCUAAUCUUACCGAGGAUCUUAUCGAGGUGGAGAUGGAUAUUAAGUUAUCUCUUAGAACACUGUUAUCACUGACAAAGCGUUCGAAACAGUCGGCGGAUGAUGAAACAUCGGAAAGUACAAAAAGUAAAGGAGUAUCACUGGUAACUGACCAUGACCUGGAUAACGCCGAUGAAGUGAUCGAUGCGGAAGAGGCGUUGAUGAACUCUAGCAUGAUGGGCGUUCAGUAUGUGAAAUAUUACACAUGUAGUAUCUGUAAGAGAGAGUUCACAAACUAUAGCUUAGCUCUGGAACACGAUAGGGCUCAUGAGGCUAAUGCGGUACCUGCUGCCGCUCCACUACCCACGGAGAUUGGUACUGUGGGUAGCAGCAAGGGAGACAAGGUAUAUACACUUGAUGAAUAUUACGAGAAGGGUAUAAAACACCCAGUUCGGCGGUUCUAUAUCCCUCUGAUAAAGGAGGAGACUAUAAAGUUCGUAGAUGUACCUAACAAGAGUAUCUAUGUUGAAGCGUAUACUAUCUUGAUAGGAGAGGACGGUAACCAAAUCUCAGUUUAG